GUGAUGUUUACAACUCAACCAAAGAAAUGAUGAUGGAUUUCCGAGAAAAAAGACAGAAGGCCGAAUUUUUGUUGUUGUGCAUACGUCGUCUUUUGGCCUUUUCGUUUCUUAAAAUCCUCUUAGACAGUCAGAGUUACAUGCAUAAAUAUUUAACCAACAUCGAACACGACAAUGCAUAUGUGACCCGGUAUUAUCGAAAAAUCGAUGCUCGGCGUAAAAGGAACGGUAAACAUACACUACUUCCACUCAAGAAAAUUGAGAAAACUAAAACAAUCGACUUGAGAAGCUAUAGAUUGGUGGAUCGUGAAUGUGACUAUCUAUUCAAAUCGCUGGUGAAAAUGACGUUUGAGAUAUUCGCCGUUUCCUCGCUGGUCUUGCUGGACAUUGUGUUCUACGAGGCUUUGGACGUAAUCAGAAGACACGCGAAGAUCGAUUACUUUCAGACCGGCCACCACAACAUGAGCAUCAAUGUCAAAGGCACUGGUAUGAUCGCUAACCUGUUCAGGUCUGUAGUAUCCAAAUUUAAUUUCAGAAAAAACAUCACCGUCAAUCUUAGCAACGAAAUGUGCCUGCCGAAUCCGCACAAGUUAGAAACGUACUACGUGAACAAGAUAUACGGUACAUUUCUGUUAGUGUUCGUGAUGACCGCAUUCGCUGGAUACACAGGACGGUUAAAACGGUUAAUCUGUGCGAUAUUCUUCCGGAAACGGGAGAAGCGACGCGUUUUGUACCUAUACAACGAGACACUCAGGAAGCGAUCGGCUUUCUUCCGAUACAUGCGCCGGAAGGUCGAGAAGCUGGCACGAGAGAACAAAUUAACGGAAGACCUCAACGUAUGCCUAAUACUUAGACUCAAGUUCCCAAAGCUGUUUGGUUGGUUGAUAUGGUGUGCGUGUGCGCGUCGGAAAUGCCUGAUUUGCGGCGAACCGGAAACCAGAGCAGGUAAGCAAUAUGGUUGUAACACCGUCGAUUGCUUGUACGUGCAUUGUGAACAGUGUUGGAAAGACGUGGGCGUGUGUUAUGCUUGUUCAGACAUAUUCGACAGAAAAAAUAACGACGAUGAGAAAGAGAACAUCGAUGCACUUGAGGGUUAUGUGGACACAGGUUACACCGAAUAGAGAUUAAAUGUACAAAUCAUUUAAUGAAUAGUUAUUAAUGUUAA